AUGGACACACCACCGUCUUCUGCAAGAAGCUGUGCCCAUUGCCAUAGCCCAGCGACCAAAAGAUGCAGUGGAUGCCUUGGAGCUCCAGAAUACGACGAGGCAAUCCUAGAGCCUACAUUGUACUGCAGCCCAACCUGUCAGACGCAGCACUGGAUCGAGCACAAGAUCAAAUGCAAGCAGCUACAGGCCCGUAAAUCCCUUUCAAGGGCUGCCACAUUGUUUCAAGCGGUAUUGUAUCGAAUCCGCCUGCACGCCCAUACAAUCCAAUCCGCAAUUGGACAUAUGGACGGUUCUAGAGUGAUACUGCGCCCCGUCAAGGAAGUCACGCCAAAGGCUUAUCGACCUCUGGGGCCGCCAUCUAUUGAGCUAAAGGGCGGUGAUCAGCGCGUAUUCGAUGCCAUUGUUAUGAUGGGCUCGUGUACAGAAGCGAUAAUGUUUCUCUAUGUCUUUGUUCGAGAUAUCUUGUCAAGUCUUUGUUCUAGGAUCGAGGAACUUACAAUCGAAAUUCUGAAUAAGGAAAUCUCCAUCGAGAAUCCCGACGGUAUCCCCCUUACCCACACCAAUAACCACCAUGUCUACCGGGUCACAUUGAACAACGAGGAAAUAUGGGUAAUCGACCCGUCUGGAGCACAGUAUGGAUUCUCCGAGUGUCUCUAUACCUGGAGCGAGUUCAAAAAGCAUAGGCUGGGAAAGAUUCAUCGGGAGGCCAAUCUAGGCUACCACCGUGUAGAGAUUCCUCGAAGUUGUUUACAGCUCAAUGAUCGUUGCAUGGUAAUUUGGUGGAUGGAACUAUUCGACCUUAGCUCAGCCCUUGAGAAGAAAAUUUCCACACUGUCGAACGUGUACGGGGGAAACUUGGAAUUAAUCCUGCAGGGGUCAGAUGCUGAGUUUCAGAAAGCAAAGAAUGAAUUGCUUGACAAGUUGGGAAUCUGUAUCGAUCUUUGCUUGGACGAAGCCUUCGCCCCUGAACGCAUCGCACAGAGAUCACUACUCGUCGACGGACGUCUGGCACUGGAGAGAUCGAAUUCUUGA